ACAUAUAAAACGAGGCCAUCCAGGUAUACCUUUCUCUCAACGCCGCCGGCCUGCUUGGACGUCUAGACAUCAACAAGACAACAAUCGCAUUCCCCUUCUCCCGGCCUCACAAGCAGCACAGCAUCCUUACACUCACCAAGAUGAAUCAGGUUCGUGCUAAGCGGCCGGCUCUGCGUGAGACCUCGGCACCACGCGGGAAGCGGUCCAAGGCGGCUUUUGCUUCGACCAGCAGAGCUAUGGCACCAGCAGAGGACACUCGUCAGAUGCCGCCACGUUGGCACAAGCCUUUCCCCGUGAACGGGCAGGGAGUCAUGAUUUUCAAUACGGAUAGGCACCUCCUGCCGUUCUACGCUUCCGUGGAGGACAAGGGCACCGCGACGGGGAACUGGAUCGCGCUGCAUGUGGGCGUCGAGUACGCAUCGUUCGUCAUGCACGGGGAGAGCAACGACAGCCUGAAGGAGCUGAGGCGAAUCGACCAGGCGGGAUGCGGGGUGGAGGAAGGGAAAGUGUCCUACUGGUACAGCUACGACCGCGACAACCUGGUGCUGAAGUAUGGCAAGGGAUACCGGAUGGAGGAGACCACGCUCAUGACGCAUGACUUUCUGGAGGGAGUGGAAGACGAAGAAGAGAUCCGGAGAAUCAGGGAGGACUUGUAUCCGUUCUUCAACGCCGAGGGAAAGAAAGUCAUCAGGCAGUAUGACGAGAAGGCCAACGUGGCACUUUGUGCUGCCAGGGGAAUCGAAGUGACAGAGCCGAUGGUGGAAUUCGAUAAGCAACCCCUCAUCUGCAACCUGCCGCCGGUGGUUCUUGACAGUUCAAAGGUCAACCUGUUCACCCUGGACAAGGGUGAUUACACCUUCUCAGCGAGUCUGCCGUCCGCUUGCAAGGAACUCUACUCGAAUGUGGUGGGCUGCGAUCUGAAUUAUACCGAGGUAGAAGGGGAGAAGGUGCUGCUGUCGGAUGCGAUCCGAUACAGCCUGGCAAAUGGCGUUCUGAAAGAGAAGAUCGAAAGUAAAGUAGGUGAGCUGGGAGAUGAUCCCAAUGAAACGUACUUGCGUGUCACUCUGGGCCACAGUCUCGGCAAAUCUCCAGGAAUCCCGUACGUGCUGGAGAUUUGGCCCGCAGGCCACUACAGCCCCAUCCACAACCACGGCAACGCCAAUGCCGUCAUCAAGGUCCUAUUCGGGUCUAUUACUAUCGAUAUCUUUAACAAGCAGUCGCCCACCAGUUCCCGCGAUCCCUUGCUAACCUUUGAAGCGUGCGCAGGCAACGCCACUUGGCUGAACCGCAACUGGUACCAGACCCACAAACUUCGCAAUCCAUCUAAGGAGUACUGCGCCACUAUCCAGUGCUACAAUUACGACGCGGGUGACACCACAUACUGGCCUUAUUUUGAUUACGUGAGCGAAAACGAAACCAUCGAUGAGUUUUACCCAGGCUCCGACUUUGGCUUCAGCGAAAUGCGCGAGCAAGUUAUGGCCGAAUACACUGCCUAUGUGUACGGUAAUAGUUCGUAAUUUUCUCGCUGAAAAUUUUUCAGUUUCUACAGAAUGCCCAAUAUAUGCUGUGUAGAUUAUUUUCUUCAGCACAUUUUUAUCAGUUUUCUGUUUUCUUGUCCUCAUCACCCAAUACAGUGCCCAUGGCAAGUAAAUGGAAGGGAAGUACAGGUGUCGCAAAUCCUUGUAGGUAGCACACUACCUUUUUGCGUGCUUAUUUUAGCUUGCGCAUAAAGUUUAGCCUUUUCAUUAAACUACACUGAAGAUUAAAAGAAAUUGGUCCAUGCCAGCACCUUCUACGAAGGUGGGAACGAGCGAAAGGUUUCCAUUGGUUCUUAUGCGCAGUGUUGAAUGUUGUAUUAAGAGAUUUUUGAAAAAAAAGGUUGUCGGUAGGUGUUGUCUUAAUACCAGGAUUAUUAUCGAUUGAUGUUUAUCAGAUUUGACUAUUUUUUAUUGUAGUGGAACGAGUUAGAUUAGAAAUUGGUUUGGUUUGCUUCAUCAGUCAAAAUGAGAUUUGAUUGAGUUGUGUGUAUGUCGUUUGAUUGGUUUCAUUUGUGUGAGUAGUUGGCUUUCUUUUCUUCAUUUGCCAUGCUACAUUAUGUAGAAGAGUAUCAGAAUUACUGUUACCCUUGAUACAUUUGGGGUGAAAAAAGAUGCAGUCUCGGACAGAUAAAUUCAUUUUUAGAACACGCGAAAUUUGUAGACCCAAGGCGCGUUUGGAUUGAGUCGACAUAUUUCGCGAAUUGAGAUUGACCAACGCGUUUCAUUCUCUCGGAGGCGCACCAUUGCGAAUCGCCCGUAUUGUAUGCGUACGAAAUCAUAAAUUAGUGAGAUACGAACCUCUUUGAUUGUAUGUAACAAUAUGAGGGGUACCAACAAAAAACUCCACCUUAAAUUUAAGCUGUGCUGUGUGUCAGUUUCCCUUUUUUCUCCCCAAGAAAAAAAUUGUUCAAUAAAUUAGACAUAUUCGCUGUUAUUACUGGUUACUGGUAUACUUGUGUUCGUCUGACAUGGGCAUUGGCAGUCCAGAUAAGUAGUAGGAAACUAUAAUUGAGCAUAAGUGUGACUUUUAGGAUCAUGUGCAUUUGGGCAGUAAGAUACGCUGCCGUUAUUUCUGUGACAAAUUCCUGUCCUUGGAAGUUUAUUUAGACUGACACUUUUGCGUCAUGCAAGCCGUGUCGAUUUUUCUAAACAGUAUAAUAAAACAGGUCAACUAUUUCUCUCAAUGGAAUUGAAUUUAGAGUAAAUAAAGAUUGGUAUAUUUUCCUUGGUAAUUAUCAGGUCUGUUGUCUUUUGUAACCUUUCAAAUGUGUCAAAAACAGGAUUUCAUGACGUGAUUUAUCGGUGGUUAACAUGCAGGGGAUUAUCCUAUCUCACGUGAAAUCAAGUGGAGCCAAUAGAAGUAAGAUGUUGGUGCGCCAGUCAUGCAGUUGUUUGAAGUUCUGUGGAAAAUAAAAUUGCUUUUCUAAAAGACUUUUACUUUUCA